AUGAGUAGACCUGAUGCUGGUACUCAACUUGGUAGAGCUGCUGCUUUUGGUAUUCUUUGUAGAAUAUUUUGUUUACCUCAGAAACGUGAAAAAUUUUUACGAAAUUAUGUUACGCAAUUUUACCUUGCUUUAAUAGAAGGUUUACGUGUUGAUAGUUGUUUACCUACUAUAUUAAUAAAUACAGCUUCACUUUUCGCUACUGAUUUAGAAGGUGUAAGAAUGAUGGUACCUGAUUUUGUCGUUGGAAUUAGAAUGGUUUUACCAAAAUUGGCUCCAGGAUUUAAAAUUGAUGUACCAUUAGAAGAUUUAAGACUUGCAGCUAUAAGAGUUGCUAGUACUAUUAUGUGUUUACCAAAUCAUUUUGAAAAAGUACCUAUGAGAGAGAAUUGGAAUUUUGGAAUGCAUCAAAAUGGGGAUAAGCUUGUCAGUAACGAUGAUGAAAUUAUGGUUAACGAACUUAUGCGUGUGCUAUAUUCUGAAGAUGAGGGUGAUAUAUCUAAAAAAGAAAAGAAACCUGAACCUUUUACGGCUUUAAAGUUUUACAUACUGGAACUUCUCCUUAAAUCAUUAAAAACGGAAAAAUCAAAUUAUAAUCUUCGAUAUCUUCUUCAUUUAAUAAAUGUUUACGUGGUUGAAGAUGUAGCGUUUUGUCCUGGAUUAGUUAGUCUCGUAGUAAAAUCUAUUCAAGAAAAGGUUUUGACUAUGAAUCUUCCUUCUGAUGUAACUUUAUAUGCCUUUGACGUUCUUAAGGACUUUGUUGGAUUGUAUGAAUAUGUCCAACGGGACAGCAAGAAUUGUGCUAGAGAAUUGGUUUUGGAAUUUUGCCGUUAUAUUGAUACGAUGCUUUCAGGUGCAUAUGGUGGAUUGUCGAUAACAUUUAAUUUAGUCGAAAAAGCUUAUGAUUGUAUGAUGCGUUGGAUACUAAUCGGUCAAUGGAUAGUUGGUGAUCGUGAUUGUCAUGAAGCUGUGAUAUCAACAAUUAGUAAAGGCAUUUCAAUAAUUCCAAAUAAUGAUGAUGAAAAUGCACAUCAAAGUUCUCCUGCUGAUAAGAAAAAGAAUCGCAAAGAUCCAAUUCCUAAUAAACUUUUUGCUACACGAGGUAAUAAAAUGUCUACAACUAGUAGCGAAAGCGCAUUACAUGCUGGUGGUCAAAAUCGUUAUGGGAAAAAGGGAGAAAUGGCUGUUAAACUUGCUGCCGAAAUCGCAAUGUCCCAAUUUGUAAAUCAUUUAGGAAAUUUCCCUGCAUGGAGUGAUCAUAUUGGACCAAGCAGAAUCUCAACUCUUUUCAAUGAUGACUUGUUACUUGCAAAAGCACGGAUCGCAGAUUCGAAUGCAAGAUCCAUUCCUGAAUUGGUUCGAUAUUUUUUAAUUGAUGGUCGAGUUGUGAUAGGUUUUGUGGAAAUACCAAAGCAUCCAUUAUGGAUAAUUAAUAAAGAUUCACAUUCUUUGGCUGCAUCUGACAAUUUUGAAACACCCGUUGAGGCAGGAACUCCUGUUUCAUCCCCGGGAACUCCAAAGGCUCCAACACCACAAAUAUAUACUCAAAAAGAAUUGGAUGAAAUCGAAGACUGUCCAUCUGUCAUUAUAGUUAUGCGGGAUAGUACUGGAAGAUACUCAUGGGAAUCACACAUGUGUUAUAAACCAUCUAUUGGAGACAAUAGCAAAAUUCGUCCUCUAUCACCGGAAAUUGAUAAAGAAUUUCAUGAGCCAACGUUAUUAUCUCCUUUACAAUCAAUUCCAAUUUUACGAACAGAAACACCUCCGCACUUUCUUUAUGAUCAACAAGGAACUAAAGAUCAAUCUUUUAUUCAACGGGUUGUUUGUUUUAACGAUGAUCAAAUACCUACCGUCGAUAACAUUUUUGAAGCUGGAUGUGAUAGCUGGAAAGCUUAUUGUGGAGUCAAAAAAUUAACGCAGAGACAAAAGGAAAUUGAAGAACAAGCUUUUGAAGAAAGGAGGCACGUCAAGUUUGACCAUCAAAGUUAUAAAGCCACCCCUGCUACCUCGAACUCUAAUCUCGAAAGCCCACAAGUGUUUCGGUUAUUUAUGUCUCAUAUGGGCUUGAUAUCUUUAGAAAAUAGACAUCGUGUAAUACCAUUGCAAAUAUCCGAGAAGCUUAUCAGUGAUCUUGAAAGAUUGGAUUUAUUAAAUGAGCGUAACUGCCUUAGUGUAUCAGUUUACUAUAUCCAAUCAGAAGCUGAUGAUUUUGACCAUAUAAUAAAUCCACCUUCCAUAAGUGAAGAUUUUGAAAGAUUUUUAAACAGCUUAGGGUGGCCGGUUUCGUUAGACACACAUUCAGGCUACAAAGCAAAAUUAGAUUCAUCAAUCUGUAAAGUGGCUCCAUACUUUGCAGACAGAUCAGUUGAAGUUAUAUUCAAUGUUCCAUACCUUAUUAAAACACCGAGCACAGAUUCAUCAUCGAAUUCAUUAUCAAACUUUUUCAAAAACAUUUUUGCUGAUGAUUUAGUUUGCAUAGUAUGGAUUGAUGACGUUUUAUCAAUGCACAGUGCACCAUCAAAAAUUGGUCAACCUGCAUUUGUGUACAUAUUUGUACAUCCAUUACAAAACGCGACAGGACUAUAUUGGAUAAGAAUAAUUACACCCGCCGUACCGUAUUCAAGCUCUACUGGUAUUGGAUCUGGGCUUAAUAACGAAAAGAAAGCAGGAAAAGCAAGAGUCAAUUGGAAUACCGAUGCAUCAAAAUUAAAUGAAAAUCACCUGACGUUUGGCCCAUUAGUUGAUGGUAUGAUAGUGAGCCGACAUACUAUUGGCUCACUUGUACGGAAUACUGCUAUAUCAGCUCAUGAUGCAUGUCGGAAUCUUACAGAGACUCGGAUAAGGCAACCAUAUGCCGUGAGACGACAAUUCAUAGAUGAAAUGUAUAAUAAAUAUAAAACUAGUCUACCAAUAACAGAGUGA